AUCCGCAGCCAGCGCAGAUACAUUUGUGGCUCCGCCGAGGUUUCAGUUAGAGUGUUUGAAUUUGAAUUCGAGUGUCCGCGUCUCGUCGGUUCAGUGUGAUCUAACAUCCAGUAGCAACGUCUAGAAACCCACCAACAACAUGCAAUUCCUGCUAGUGGUGGCCACAUUGGCAAUUUGUGGUGUUGUCAGCGGACAACAGGGCGUGGAUCCCGCCUACUUGAGGCAGUACUACCAACAAUUGCAGCACCAGCAGCAGCAGCAACAGGCUCAGCCCAACGAUGCCACGCCCAUUUUUGAACAGAACUCAGAACAAACGCAGCAGUAUGUCAACUCUGGCCAGCAAAUCAGGAUCAAGGAUACGGUGGCCGAGCAGAUUCGUUCCCAGCAGCAGCAGCAGGGAUACGUGGCACCGGCCCUCAGGGACUAUCAGCAAUACCAAGCCCAGCCGCAGCAGUCGUCCUACCGUCCACCUGCCCAAGCUGCUCCUCAGCCACCCCGCCGGAUUCAGCAGCCCUCUUACCAGGCUCCUUCCACUUCGAUCCUCGGCAAAGGACAGCACAAGUUGUCGCUACAGCAGCAGCAGCCCGAGGAGGAGGAAUACGAUGACCAAAACUCCUCCUACCAGUUCGGAUUCGAUGUGAAAGACGACGAGUUCACCAACUAUCAGAACCGCAAGGAGAUCCGCGAUGGUUCCGUGAUCAAGGGCAGUUACUCUGUGGUGGAUUCCGAUGGCUUCAUUCGCACCGUCAAGUACACGGCUGAUCCCAAGGAGGGUUUCAAGGCUGAGGUCAUCCGUGAGCCUACCGAUAUCGUGGUGAAGAUUCCCACUCCCCCGCCUGCGACACAGUUGCUCCGCGCUGGUGGCCACAAGUCCCAGCAGGAAUAUAGCUCGGGCCCUAGCAAGCAGCAGUAUCAGCAUCAGCACCAACAGCAGCAGCAGCCGCAGUACCACCAGUACCAGUGAGGGGAUUCGAUCGGACCAGAUCGGAGACUCUUUUCGAAACACUCUUGAAAGUUCCGCAAGUCCAUGUAGUUUGUAAAUAUGCCGAGACUCGAUUGGCACGAGAUUAUAACAUUAUUCUAUUUUAUGUCAUUCAUUUAGGUUCGACUUUCAUGUUUAGAAUAUUAAAUUAAAAAUUUCGAAAAACUUA